AUGCCCCCUUUCAAUUCUAGUGUGUCAAUUCUGCUCACUGCUGAUGCAGCAGACAGUCUGUUGCAGGUAUUGGAAAACAGUGUGCAUGUUCCUCCUGCGCUCCUUAGCCUGCACCAACUUUUGAUUGACGAGGCUCAUUGUCAAGGUGACUUGAUGAAUGGUAUAGUUGAGGGUGAUGCCUAUCAAAGCACUGCAAACACUAGAGCUCGUUUGCAGGGGCAAUUAUGGACACCCGAGCCCAUGCCUGGGCUGCCUGAUACUCUCUCUCCCCCACACACUCUCGAUGUCCCAAGUGACUUGUUACUGGCACCAACUUCUAGUGAUGUUCCCUCACUGGCUGGCCAUCGCAGGGCACAAUUCCAAGUUGAGGGCUCUGAUUAUGUCAAUUAA